AUGCGAGGCAACCUGUACCGGCCUGCCUCCGUCCAACCUGUCCAGCCACAGAACAUCUAUAUUCAGCGUGACACUGCAGGCUCGCUCGGCUUCUCCUUCUCCUCAGCGAGACGCACCAUCCACUAUGUGAGCUCGGUUGAUGCUGGUGGCCCCGCGGAGAAGGCAGGGCUCUCCGUCGGCCACCACAUUGUCGCCGUCAACGGCAACCUCGUCACCAACGUCUCACACGAGCAGGUUGUUGUGCUGCUGCAGAAUGCGCCUGCGACGAAACCGCUGCAGCUGAAAGUUCUGCCGACCAACGACCGCAUCCAGCGCUAUCUCCGCCACGCCGGCAGCCGCAGUCCAUCCGUCCUCUACUCCCCAACUUCACCCGUCAACGGCUCUCCGCGGGUGGCGUGGGGCGCGUCGGGCGGAUCACAGCCGUUCCACCGCAGCUUCUGCGCCAUUGUCUUCAACCCAUCCACAAACCUCUACCUCGCAGCCGCAAAGCAGGGGAGCGGGUUUGACGCGAUUGUCGGGGACGUCGCUGCUGAUGCGUCGUUCGAGGACGCGGCACACAUGCUGCUGGCACAGGAACUCAACAUCCCUGCACAGCUCAAGGGCAUCCUUCGCUUUGAAAUCAGCUCCCUUGCCCUGCGGGUCGUCUUCCUCGUCCACACCACAGCCUCUGUGGUGACGCUUGCGGCCGGGUCGUCGUAUGUGCAGGCGGCGUGGCGCUCCCAUGCGCAGCUGAGCGCUCUGAACCGCGAGCUUGGGCGACCCCCAUGGCCGGCGGGGGCACUUGGCCUGCAGACAACAACACUCCUGGACUGGGUGUCGUACCUCAACCACAACGGCGCUGUUGCCCCGCUGCACACUCUCGCCGACCCGGGCGACCCCGUGUGGCACAAGGGGAUGGGCGGAGAGAGCGUUGCAGAGCAGCGGGAGACGAUUCGACGCGCCUCGCUCUCCGUCAUCCAACGCUCAGAUUACAAGCAGAAGAAGGAGGACAAGGAGGACAAGGAGGAGGAGAAGAAGAAGAAGCAGACAGAAGCGCAGCAAGAGCGAGCAAGGGCGCAGGGAGCACAGGUGACGGCUGCACCUGUUCCAAAGAAGCCCGCAACUGCAACAGCAGCGACCACCAACGGCACCACCACCACCAACAACAAUAGCAACAACAACAACAACAACAACAACAACAACAACAACAACAGCAACAACAACAACAACACCACCACCACCAGCGGGGCGGCGGCAGAUACACCACCACCAUCAUUUGACACCGCAGGCACAUCCGCACCAACAGCCACGCAGCAGCAGCAGCAGCAGCAAGAUGAUACGCAUGUGGAUGAUAAUGUGCACGCUGAAGGCGGUGAAGGUGAAGGUGAGGAAGACUACGAUCCAGAGUUGUACGACAGGCAAUGCAAGGAAUUGGAGGAGUCUGUAACCUCCACGCGUAUGCGUGCGUUUUACGUGCAGCGUGGCGUGCAUUCCACAGAGCCGUUUGGCAUGACGGUCACGGAGGGUCACAACGCCUCUGUGAGCCUCACCCUGUGCCAGGAGGUGGUGGUGAAGGCGCUCGACCCUGCGGGCGUCGUCGCGCAGCACGGCGGCGUGCAUGUUGGCGACCGCCUGCUGAAGAUCAACGGGCAGUGGGUUGCAGACGUCACCCACGCCGAAUACCUCCUGGACGUGUUGGCGGACGAGCCUGCACUUGACCUGACCAUCUCGCGGGGAGAGCCCCUGCCCCACUCGCCGCCGGCACCGCUGAGCAGCAUGACAGACCAGGAGCUGCAGGACGCCACGUUUGAGCACUGCGGUCUGCGCAUUCUCGUGCACGACACACAGGGGUGGACGCGUGCAAAGGCGAUUGGCACGCUGGCUGAGCGGUUCUCGCACGUUGAAGCCAACGGGGCACCCACCGCGACAACGUCAACGACAACAGCAGCCCCACCAGCGACAACGGGGGCACCUGAAGCAGCAGCAACAGCAGCAACAGCAGCAACAGCAGCAACGUCAGCACCGGCCAAUGCUACCAGCAAGGAUGCGAGUGCUGGUGCAGAUGGUGACGAGAAGGAGCUGUCUGUGUCUGUUGUAAGCGACAGCAGCGACAUGGCAGGCCUGAAGUCUGCACUUCGCCGCUCCACCGUGAGUGAUGGCGGUGAUGGUGACACGUCAGCAUCGUCGUCCAAGAAGAAGAAGGGCUCCAGGCGCAGCAAGAAGGACAGCAGGAAGCGGUCGGUGAAGUUUCACGACGACAAGCCGAAGGUUCACGAGACGUACUCCAAGUUUGACUACCACCGGCCCCUGGACCCUGGCCACGGGUUUAGCGACCUGCGCUCGCUGUUCAACUACAACACAGAUCGCAUGGAGCAGGAGCAGCUGCGGGAGGCAGAGGACUUUGUCGACGCGCGUCGCGUGUACGGUAACUACAUUGUGCGCAACAAGACGACCCGCCCCUUUGGUUUCAAGCUUCGCCCCAUUACAAAGGACCUGAGCCAGCCAUACCUUUUCCUGGAAGGGGUUGAGAUUGUGGACAUUGACCCGAGCGGCCCUGUCGGCCAGCACGGCGGCAUCAGAGAGGGCGAUCGCCUGGUGAAGAUCAACGGGCAGUGGGUGCUCAACCACCAGCACGCGGAGUAUCUCGUGUUUGAGGUGCUGCGGCGGGCAAAGGCCCUUGAUCUGACUGUCACGCGUGGCGAGCCGCUUGCGCCAAGCAUCGACCUCAGCACCAAGACAGACGAGGAGCUGCUGGAUCUUGCGUUUGAGCACGGCGGGUAUCGUGUUGCGAUUGGCGAGGGCCAGUGCACACGCGAGGACGUGAUGCUGCUCAUUCGCAAGCGCCUUGCGCCGUCGAAUGAUGCAGCUGUGUCUGGGCUCUACCGCACAAAGUCCAACGCCGGCCACCACGUUGACGAGGAGUGCUGACGUGUAUGUGUGCGUGUGUGGUGUGUGUGUGUGUACUUGUGCAUGUGUGUGUGUGCUUGUGCGUGUGGUGUGUGUGUGUGUGUGUGUGUGUACUUGUGCGUGUGUGUGUGUGUGUGUG